AUGGUCGGUCUCUCUUUUGAAGCAACUCCCGAUCCCGUGGCUGCAUCACAUCAUGCAAUCCAUCAGGCAGGCGCGACCGUGUCUUCCGCACUGUCCGCCCUUCAAGUACCACCUCUUUCCGCUAUUCCAUUCAUCGACUCCCCAACAGCGCGUCCAGGACGUUGGGCCCAGUGCCUAGCCAUGGUCCAGGAUAUAUGGGAUGCCGAGCUGUUUGUGGCGUCCUCUCCAGAAGGUGACUCUGGAUUGCUCGUCGAGAACGCAGCGGCAACCAACGACACGCGUGCCAAGCUUUCGGAACGCUUACCUGUGUACUUGGUGUCUCCGCCGGGCGAGGCUGCUUGGAUUCGAGAGGCACGCAACCCAUCUUGUUUGUACCCCACGCCAAACCCUUCAGCCAAUUCAUCUCGAACAAAACGAACUCGAGAGGACAGAGAUGCAACGGAAGACCAGUCCAUGCAAGAAGCCCCAUCAGCGACGGCCCCGGGAACUCCCGCCGCUAACGGAGCCGCAUCCUCAUCGGAGGCUACGACUGACAAGCGACCGCGGCCAUCUGCGCAAGGAGAUGGAAAGAAUGGGUCUGUAGGGCUCGGCCUCAAUCAUCCCGUGCUUGGACAGGCCGGCGCAUUCGCAGUAGUGGCAAAAUUAUACGACGCUACGGCUGGACGAGAACUCAAAGUCAACACGUUGGUUCGAGUCGUGGGGAUCUUGCAGGAAGCUAUGCCAGUCGCGAGCGGAAAUGACGCCUUCGCUGAAGAGUUUGCGGCUAGGAAUCCCGAGAUCGUGAAGCGCCUGCAUGUCGUGCAGAUGCGGGGGGCUGAGGAAUGGGAAAUCAACCCAGCCACAGCGGCCCUCGUCGCAAACGGUGGGCAACAAGCCUUGGCCGAGGCUCGACAAGAGUUGAAAGCCGUGUUGCCCGGAGUGCGGGAUAUGCUCAUCAAGUAUCUCUCUUCAGCGCUUUGCGAUGAUACUGUCGCAGCUGAGUACUUGCUGAUGUGUCUCCUUUCUCGACCCGCUCAAAGAACGGAGGGCGGUGACGCGAUUGGGAAACUGUCAUUGAAUCUUGUUGUUCCGAAAGAAGUAUCGGAUUCUCAGCCAGACUUCUCUUCCCAGCUAUCCAAAGCAAUUGAGAAUGUCGUCAACGCCGUCGUCCCGGUGGAACUGAGUAUCGCUUCCCUGAACGCCAGGGAGCUGUACCCCAAAAAGGAUUACACAUUGAAUCGUCUAAAGGCGGCACCACUUCAACUUGCGGGCGGGGCGGUGCUUCUUGCGGAUGAGACAAGACUCAGCAACGGGCAUUUGGCCGAGCGUGGGUUGAGAAAUGUUCGCGCUCUGAGCUCACUCGCGAAGCAGUGCACAGCACCACUUGAUUUCCAGUAUUAUGAGACUGAAAUCCUUGUCCAGUGUUGUCCAGUUUUCGUGUCGAAGGGCAGCAAAUCCAUUAUUCCCGCUGAUGUCGUCGUGCGCAUCAAGCCCGAUACCGGAUUGAAGCUCCAAAAGUGGGAUAGCUACAAUGAAGACCUUUUACGGAAAAUGCGGCUAGCCAUGGCAUUGUUGACAGAGCAGGGUGAGUUUGACAUCUCAGAAGGUGCGUCAAAGGCUGUGGAGAAUGAGUACGUUGCAGCAAGGAAGAGCGGGCAGGCAAAGGAUGGACAAGCGACACUACAAAGUUGGUUGGCAUUGGCGCGGUGUUGCUCUAGGUCAUUCGGAGAGGCUGUGCUCACACCUGAGAGAUGGUCCCACGCUAGACAGCUCGAGGCCAAGCGAGCAGAAAGGGACAGGAGAUAG